AUGAUGGUGCAUUGCGCCGGGUGCGAGCGGCCCAUCCUGGACCGCUUCUUGCUCAACGUCCUGGAUCGGGCCUGGCACAUCAAAUGCGUCCAAUGUUGCGAGUGCAAAUGUAACCUCACCGAGAAAUGCUUCUCGCGGGAAGGCAAGCUCUAUUGCAAGAACGACUUUUUCAGGAAGUUUGGGACGAAGUGCGCUGGCUGCGCGCAGGGCAUCUCCCCCUCCGACCUGGUGCGGAAAGCGCGUAGCAAAGUCUUUCACCUGAACUGUUUCACCUGCAUGGUGUGCAAUAAGCAGCUCUCCACGGGCGAGGAACUGUACAUCAUCGACGAGAACAAAUUCGUCUGCAAGGAGGACUACCUGAGCUCCACCAGUUUCAAAGAAGGCAGCCUGAACUCAGUUUCUUCCUGUACCGAUCGAAGUUUAUCUCCGGACCUUCAGGACCCCAUGCAGGACGAUACAAAGGAGACAGACAAUUCCACUUCCUCGGAUAAAGAAACCACCAAUAAUGAAAACGAGGAGCAGAACUCUGGAACCAAAAGAAGGGGACCUCGGACCACCAUCAAGGCCAAGCAGCUGGAGACCCUCAAGGCAGCUUUUGCAGCCACCCCUAAACCCACCCGGCAUAUCCGGGAGCAGCUAGCUCAAGAGACGGGGCUCAACAUGAGAGUCAUCCAGGUUUGGUUCCAGAACCGACGCUCCAAAGAGCGAAGAAUGAAGCAACUGAGCGCCCUGGGCGCCCGAAGACACGCGUUCUUCCGGAGUCCUCGACGUAUGCGCCCUCUGGGAGGCCGGCUGGAUGAAUCCGAGAUGCUGGGCACGGCUCCUUAUAGUUACUACGGAGAUUACCAAGGCGAUUACUACGGCCCCGGGAGCAACUACGACUUUUUCUCGCACGGCCCCCCCUCACAGGCCCAGUCGCCGGCCGACUCUGGCUACAUCCCGACUUCGGGGGCCGGCUCCACCCCGCUCGGGCCUCUGGAUGCCCCCUUGGCUGGACACCACACCUCGGAGAACCAAAGGUACACGGAUAUGAUCUCUCACUCCGACACGCCCAGCCCAGAGCCGGGGCUGCCCAGCUCGCUGCACCCCAUCCCGGGAGAGGUCUUCAGCGGGGGUCCUAGCCCUCCUUUCCCCAUGUCGGGGUACAGCGGGCCCCUCUCGCAUUCCAACCAGGAGCUGAGCGAAGCGGCCGUCUGGUAG